AUGGAUUCUGCAGGACAUGUUGGAGAGCAUGGCGACGUAGACGGGCAGUCAGGUUCUGGUGCUGGUGCUGUUGCUGAUGCGUCCGAUAUUCUGGAGGGUGGGGUGAUGGAUGCAGACCCAACGACAAUUGAGAUAAAACGUAGCAGAACAGUUGUUAAAUUGCAUUAUGAGAGGCUAGUAAGUAGUAAAGGGUUGCCUUAUCUGUUGAAGAAUGGGCCUAAGUAUGGAAGAAUCUCUAAACGUAGGGACACAUAUCAGAAUCUUUGUCAUUUAUUACAGUUUUAUCAGUUAUGGGCGCAUGAGUUGUAUCCUAAGGCGAAAUUUAAGGAUUUUGUCAGUGUGUGCGAUAGACUAGGGAAAACUGAUAAGCUGCUACGGCAGUAUCGGAUGGAAUUGAUCCGGGAGGAGCUGGAUAGGUUUUCAGGUGGUGGCGGAGUAAGGAGUGUGGGUAUGGAUGUGGAUGGGGAUGAGGACAAUGAUGAAUUGUAUACUAAUUCUCAUGUAGGUGGCUUGAAGCAGGUAUCCGGACCGUCAACAUUUGGGGACAUUGAGGUGCCGGAAGGACUGCAUGAGGGAUGUUCAGGGAGGCCGGUUGAAGGGCUGUCGAAAGGUAGUAGCGAUAGUUUGACGGCGGAUACUCCUUCCACUGCAGCUACAACAGUGUCAUCGCAGGUGAACCAGGAAGAAGAGCUGCUGCUGAGGGAACUGCAAGAUGUAGAGCAAGAAAUGGGUUACUCGGGCGAAGAAUAUGAGGAUGAGGAUCAACUGGCGAUUCUCCGGGAGAUGGAGCAGGGCGGCUAG